AUGGCUCCGACCUUGCGUGACCUCGUCUCCAUCGAGGCCCUUGGCCCCAACGAGUUCGUCUCCAAGAUCAAUCCCGUCCGCCUCGGCAAUGCCGCCCCAAUUGCCUACGGAGGCUGCGCCCUCUCCACCGCCAUGCGGGCCGCCUUUGCCACCGUGCCCGACAACGCCGGCUUUGCGCCCUACUCCAUGCUCGGCCACUACUUGGGCCCGGCCGCGACCGACCGCAAGCUCUAUGCGCGGGUGACGUCGACGCGCCAGAGCCGGUCGUUUGCGACGCGCCGCGUGGAGAUCCGCCAGAAACUCGACAACGGCCAGUUCCGCAACUGCCUCGAGGCCACCGUCGACUUCCACGCCCACGAGCCGUCCGUCAUGGAAUACUCGGCGCCGACCUGGGGCCAGUGGGCGCACCCCGAGGACUGUCCCGUGAUGGGCCUGCACGCCGGGGCCGACGACGACGCCAUGGUGCGGCGCGUGGCCACAGACGCCCAGGCCGCCAUGUUCCGGCAGACCUUUGCCUCCAACGCGGCCUUCUUCGAGACGCGGAACUGCACCAACGGCGUCGCCGCGCAGAACCUCAACGGCGUCGUCAAGACCGCGCAGACUACGCAGCACACGCUGCCGCUGACGGCGCGCCUCUCGGCCGACUGGUCGCGCGGGCUGGACGCGCUCGCGACGCCCGCCGAGAACUUUGCCGCCCUCGUCUUCCUCAUGGACGGCGGCCUGUCGUUCCUGCCGCUCUGCCACGGCAACCUGUGGUUUGACGACGUCGGCGCCUGCUCGAGCCUCGACUUUGCCGCGCGCUUCUUCACUGGCCAGGUCCGUGUCGAGGACUGGGUCCUGCGCGAGCGGCAGACCUCCCGGGCCGGCGAGGGCCGGACCUACAGCGAGGGGCGCUUUUUCGACGUGUCCGGGCAGAUGGUCGCCUCCAUGACACAGCAGAGCAUCAUGCGGGCGCGGCCGGCACGGGCAAAAAAGGACCAGGCCAAGAUGUAG